UCUUUAUUUCCGUUGUAUACAUCGUGUGUGAGUUCAUCAUUACGUUUUUGUGUGAGCUAGAAAUCAGCGAAAUAUUUGCGGGCAGGUGUAGUGGAGAAUAAUAAAAAACGUUUAACUGAAAUCUAAAGUCCAUUUUAGAAGUCGCAGAGUUAAGAACAUAAAUAAUGGUUGGUUCACGUGUGUACGUCGGCGGUUUGCCGUACGGCGUUAGGGAACGCGAUUUGGAGCGUUUUUUUAAAGGAUAUGGUCGCACUCGCGACAUUUUAAUUAAAAAUGGAUACGGAUUUGUGGAAUUUGAAGACUAUCGUGAUGCCGACGACGCAGUUUAUGAAUUAAACGGGAAAGAGCUGCUAGGUGAAAGGGUAGUUGUAGAACCAGCUAGAGGAACCGCUAGAGGUAGUCAUAGAGACCGCUAUGGUGAUGAUCGUUAUGGUGGACGACGCGGUGGUGGUGGUCGUUAUAAUGACAAAAACAAAAAUUCAAGAUCUUCAUCUCGUUAUGGCCCCCCUCUCCGCACAGAAUAUCGACUUAUUGUGGAGAAUUUGUCUAGCCGUGUCAGCUGGCAGGACCUUAAGGAUUACAUGCGCCAGGCUGGAGAAGUUACUUAUGCGGAUGCUCAUAAACAAAGACGCAACGAGGGUGUGGUGGAAUUUGCUUCAUUGUCUGAUAUGAAGACAGCUAUUGAAAAGUUGGAUGACACCGACUUGAAUGGACGUCGUAUACGUUUGGUAGAAGAUCGGCGCAGUGGCCGCGGUGGUCGUGGAGGACGUGGACAAUCUGGAUCUUCGAGUUCACGCUCACGUUCCCGUUCCCGUAGACGUACACGCUCUAGAUCACGACGCUCAUCUCGUUCUCGCUCUAAAUCGCACAGCCGUUCAAAAUCUCGCGGCGCGCGCUCCAAGUCCAAGUCCCCAGUUAAAUCACGUUCUCGCUCACGUUCCAAUAAAUCACGUGAGGUAUCCAAAUCCAAAUCUAAGUCUCGUUCUCACUCCCGUUCCCGUUCUCGUUCACCAAAACGCGAUUCACGCUCACGUUCCCGCUCCAAUUCUAAGCGAGAAUCACGUUCCCGCUCUCGUUCCAAGUCACGCAGGGACUCCCGUUCCCGCGAUCGUUCAGUUUCCAACGAUAACAAAUCACGUUCCAGAUCGCGUUCGGUGUCACCGAAAAACGGGCAUGCUUCACCUGACCGACACAACGAAAGUAUGGAUGAUUAAAUUAGCGACCGCUCUACUCUUUUUUUUUUUUUUUUUUUCGUUUUUUAACAGUUGGUUAAACUUAACCUUAAAUUUAUAUCUAUAAUUAAGUAUAUAAAUUUAAGGUUCAGUUUAACCAACUGUCA